GGUCACAUUAAUUCAGGUGUCUACAUUAUUUAUCCGUUUGGAGAAAUCCUCAGUCCUCUUGGAGUUUACUGCGACAUGGAGACAUUGAACGGAGGAUGGACGGUAAUCCAGAAACGUGUGGAUGGAUCCACAAGCUUUGAUAAACUAUGGUCAGAAUAUAAAGAGGGCUUUGGUUCACCGGAACAGAAUGUCUGGAUCGGAAAUGACGUGAUCCACCAAUUAACAAAGGGAAAUGGCUCAUCUCUCUACGUUUCCAUCACACAAGUGAGCGGCACAACUCUGUAUGAGUUGUACGGUCGAUUCUCUAUCGCUAAUGAAGCAGAGAAGUAUAGACUUUUUCUGGCGGGAAAUGUGACUGGAACCUUAGGUGACAGUAUGUUAAAUACUAUUGAUCCUGAUGAACAUGAUCUAUCUGGGAUGUAUUUUAGUACUCAUGAUAACAAUAACGACUUGAGUGGUGGAUUUAACUGUGCCGCUGAGGCAGGAGGAGGAUGGUGGUUCAGAGAUUGUUAUUCCGCCUUCCUCAAUGGCCUCUGGUCUUCCACAGCUUGGGCGAAUCCUUGGGCUCCCACUAUACGGUCUGGGACCUCUGUGAGCAAGACUCUGAUGAUGAUCAAACGCCAUUAGGAAUACUAUUUAAUCUAGAGGCAAA